AUGUCUCCCGCAGCCGCGAGCGAGCGGUGCAAAGAGGCAGCGUCGCGCAUGCUUUUCCGUAACGGCACGCCUGACGUGCCCGCCCAGCUACUCACCGGCCCACCGGAGCUGCCUCGGCUGGGCGGACCGGCAGAGCAAAGCCGACUGACUGGUCCGGCCGAGCUGGGCAGGAUCACGGGUCCGCCCGAGCAAAGCCGGAUUGCGGGUCCGCCUCCAGCGCCGGCGCCUGCAGCCUCAUGCGCGGCGGCGACGACGCUCUUUGUUCCGACCUACGAGUGGCAGCAACUGCCGGACGAAGCGAGAGUUCCGGCCGGCCUCGAGAUCUCCCUGCCACUGGACGGAGGCGUGAAGCAGGCGCGCAUCCCCCGCCGGUGGCAGCUCAGAGUCUGGAUCGAUGGCCACGGUUUUUGGCGCACCGACGUCACCAGAGGCACCCCGGUGGGAGAGCUCCGGCGCUCCGCUGCGCAGCACAUGCGGCAGCCAACGGAGGCAGUCGAGCUGCUGCUCGACGGCAGCGCCGUGCUGGACGAGGAGACCGUCGAGUCUGUUCGCCUCUUCUCGCGCAGGGACGUGGUCUCGGUCCGGGAGAGAGGGUGA